GCUCAUCACUGUCCUAUCGGUUCGUGCAAGCUAGCUAGGUUACAUCUAAAACCGCAUACUAGCAUACUAUAUAGUAUGUCAAAACAGUGCGCAGUCCUGCGUGGCGUAGUAUUUGAUGUACUGUUUAGUGGGGCAGUAUGCGGUUUCAGACAUAGUCUCAUCUGUGGUAGAACUAGAAGCUUUCGUGGGACUUAAACCGGAAACCAAACUUUUUUUUCCACCUCAAACUUGUUUCGUUGCUGAGUUGAAAAGAGGAAAAGGGCGAUGAGCAGAAGCAGCACGGCAGCGUUACGACGCGCAGUUCCCUCUUUCUCAGCUUCGCAUCAUGUCGGCUGUGAGAAAGUUGUCAGAAGAAAGAAGUAAAUUACCCACAUCUGGCCUGAGAUAAAGUGUCCGUCGAGUGUUUUUUUCUUCCUCUCCUUCACAUAACGGACUCUUAGUGCUUUAUCAUGGGAGAUGAUGUUAAAGAUGAGCCAGCCAAGCCCAAAGAAACAACAUUCAAAGGCAAAGCGGGCUGGUUGAAGAAGUCCUCAGGGAAGUUCCUGGGCAGCUACAAGGACCGCUACAUCCAGCUGGACAAAACUGAGAUUGCAGUGUAUGAAAACGAGGACUUACAGAACUGCGUGGAGCGUCUGGACUUGGAAAACUAUGACAAAUGCCAUGAGUUACGCAGCCCUUUCAAGAAGAAAUACAGGCUGAUACUGAUACGAACGCCCAAGAGUGCGAGUAAGGUCAGUGAUGUCAAACUGCAGGCUCAAAAUCAGGAAGAGAAAGAAGCUUGGAUUAAGGCACUCAGUGAUGGCAUUAACAGGGCAAAGAAUAAAAUCUUUGAUGAGGUAAAAGUAGAUGAAAGUUUAUCUUUAGAUCAUGUAACACGUUCUCGACCGAAAGGAAACCGUGGUAGAAGACCACCAACCAGGAUACACAUGAAGGAGGCUGCAAGCAUUUCAUCAGAUGGAGUCUUGAGACUGGACCUUGACACUGUUGACAAUAUGCCUAACGGUGCCCACUUCUUAUUGGAUGGUGCUGAUGGAGAAGCCAAAGUGGCUCCAGCUAAAUCUCUUGAUGAUAUUGCGGAAGAACCUGCAGGUGAAGAUACGGCACCUCAGAAGAAAGUAUUGAAGCCACCAAUGCCUCCAUCAAAGGAGAACAAACCCAGUGAAAGCCAGGACAGUGAGAGCAAACAUGAAGAAUCUGCCCCACAGAAGAAGAUUCUUAUGCCACCAAUGCCACCAUCAAAGGAGCAGAAGCCAUCUGAAAAUACAGAAGAGGAGAAGGGAAGUGAGGAGGAGACAGUUGUGAAGCCACCCAUGCCUCCGUCAAAGGAGAAUAAACCCAGAAUAAGUGCCAGUGGGGAUGCCAGUGAAGACACUGCCACAGAGAAUGGUGAGUCCGAAGCAGUUACCACUCCUGGCAAGUCCAGUCCAGUUCAAGGUGAGAAAGAUGCUCCUGAAAUCGUCCAUCCUCCCAGUCCACCAUCCAAAGACAUGAAACCCAAGCAGGCAAUCAGCUUAAGUGAUAAAGAAAUUCUUUCAGAAGAUGAUGAAGGUUUUAAUAGUAAGGAAAAUGAGGAAGAUGAGGCAGAAUCAGGUAAGACAGAAGACGAACCAUUCAUACUCUCAAAUAAAGUCCCAAAGCCUCAAGGAGUCAUGUGGGAUUCACCUUCUUCAGCAGUGGAGAAAAGUUCUGUUGACCAAAAUGCUAAUAAAUCUGCUGAAAGUGUAGUAACUACAGUAACACUUGAACCUGCAAAACCUGCCAAUGAACUCAAAUUAACUCCACAUUCAACUCCAGAGGCUAUUAAAAAGAGUGCUGCCCCCCCUGCUCCACCAAAAAAGAAACCUCUUAAACCACCUGUCGUAACAGAGAACCAAGCGGUCCAGGACGACCCUGUGGUCUCAGCUGUGUCAUCCUCAGUUGAAAAAGGCUCUGACAAUGUGCCAUCAGAUGAAACAAAACCUGCCACUCAAGAACCAAAAGAAGAGCGUAAGAUUGUUAUCCUGCGUCUCAGUAAUUCAGGAGCAAGUGAGGAACCGGAUGAUAUAUCUGGAGUGGAAGCGGAAGUAAAGUCUAUAGACAGUGGUCAGCUCUCUGCUGAAGACUCUGAAAGUAGUGAGCAAGUUACGCCAUCCACAGAUAAGCUGCAAAGUAGUCUGGAAGUCUUAGAUGGUGUGACCAGCGAAGAGGAACUGGAGACACCAGACAGCAAGGUCCAGAAAAUGGAGGAUCCACUUUCAGCCAUCCUAACUGUUAAGCUCGAAGCCACUAUGGAUGACUCCAUCCCAGUUGCUGCAGAAAGUACAUGCACCCCUCAGAUCUCCAGCCCUGCUGCAUCACUGAACUCCUCCAUCAAGAAACGGUCUGCAUCCACGGGAGACCUUCUUGAGGAGAUGAAGGGCUUGCAAAGUAAAGUGUCCAUGGAGCUUGAGGAGACAGGAGAGCUGCUCGGUAAAAUAGCACCCAGAGGGUCCCCUGAAGCCGGACAAGACAGCGAGGGGGUAACAGACCCAGAGAUCCUUCUUGCUACAGCAAUGGAGAAACUUAAGAAAGCUGACGAGUUCCUGAGAGAAGCCAAGAGUUUUAAAGAGCAGGAGAACAAGAGCAAUAGAACAAGCUGGUAAUUGCAGAAGAUAAAAAUAUUGGGGUAAUGUUAUGUUAAUGGAAUUAAUGGAAUCACAAAACCUACAAAUGAUCAAGUGCAAUUAUACCCCAUAACUUUUUACACAGGACCACCGCAUAGUUAAUGGGUCCAUCUAAAACUGUUUCAUAACCAGGUACCAUGGAUUAAACUAGGGAUCCAAUACUGAGUAUUGAUAUCAAACCAACAUUGCCCAGAAAUGUUGGAUCAAUGAAUCCCUGAAUUAAACUUUUAAACGUGAUUUAUGAGCCCAGUUGAUGUACUUGAUGACGGAGAUUGUGGAAACAUAAGCAUGACUGCUUCUCAGUGGAUGUCAGCUUGUAUUCUUGCUUUCAGAAUUGUAUUCUUUGAUGUUUUCUGCACUGGGUUAACAUGACGCUUAUCCUCAUGUCAGUUUGACAGUUUUCAGUUAAAGGCCUCCAGCACUGGUAUCCAACUAGCACUUAAAAUUAUGAUUAUGGUAAUUUAAUAGAAUAGUGUUGCACUCAAGUUUCCCUGCUGUGUUAUAUGAGCUGUACUACAGUACAGCGCUUAACCACCUUAGAGCAUCUUACUUUAGUGUUCCACACACUAUCACACAAGCAAGGUCACAUGAUAAUGAACCUAGUGUCAGGUUACUUAGCCUGAUGUUAAAAAUAAUGCAGUGGCCUUGUUGAGGUUUUAAGAUAAAGUACAUGGGAACUAGCAACUUCCUGUGUGAUAUACAUCCUUUUAUCCAUUUCACAGUUUAUACAGAGAGCAUACAUAUUUUCAUACUGACAGUGAGAAUGCAAUUUGAAUUCCUCUGCUUAUUUCUAAUUGGUUACCAUAUAUACCGUAUUAUGCUAACAGCAAUGCUAACUUUCCAUUGUCUUUUUAAGUGUUCUUUUUUUAAGCGUCAGGGCGUGUGCCAUUUUAGUUUGUUAUUAUCAGUGUUUUUAUGUGUAGAAAAUGCAGUAUGUGAUCCAGUUACUCAGUAAUAACAACCCCCUUUUUGUAUGAAAUUCUGGUUAUAUAUUAAUACUUUAUUUUUAUUUCAAACAAAAAAAUUAUUAGACACGUGAACAGGUCAUGUGGUACAGGUCAUAGCCCUGCAUUUAUAGGUGUAGCCUACUUACCAGAACAUUGCCGAAACAUGAUUCAAAGAACCUAAAGUAUUUUUCUGUGAGCAUCCACAUAACAUUUAUAGUUACUUUGUGUAGCAAUAUAUUAGCUCUUUUUUUUUUUUUUUAUAAAGGAUUUCUUUUUGUAAAUAACAUGUCUACCAAUGAAUUGCUUAAUAUUUAAGUUAUUAAUGUUCUGGCAUCCUGGUUCCUGUUUUUUGAAGUAAAAAAAAAAACUAAUAUCAAAUUUACUCAGAGAUCCCAGUGUACUGAUAAAUUAUGUUUACCAUUAAAACUAUAAGAAGAUCUAUGAUUAUAUAUUGUAAUAUAUUGUCAGUGACUGCAUUUACUAACUGGACUAAUAAGUUUCCUUGAUGUCUUUUGUUUAAUGUGCAAAAAAAGAUUUUUAACACACUGCUUGCUAAGCAUGUCUUAAUAAAAACGUCUUCCCUA